UUAAAUUUAACAUCCCUACGUAAUGUCAUUUUGACACCCACUCGUCAAGUGAUAAUGGAAAUUGGUAAAAUUAUACCUGAGUGUAUCAGUAAUUUUUAUUUGUAAUUGAAAUAUUCAAUUAAACAAUUUAAUUUAUACUAUAGUAACUCUAUAAUAGUAGAUUACAAUAUUGUUAAGAUUUUAAAUACGUAAAAAUCUGCAAAAUGAAUUCUGAUAAUUUAGCGAAACAGAUUGAAGAAGUAGAAGCACUUAGCUCGAUUUAUGAUAACGAUUGGAUGACUGAAAGCGAAGAGUCGAGAUCGUAUAGUAUAAAAAUAAAAGAAAAUAAAAAUGAAGUAAUUCUAUACGUUACCAUGUGUGAAGGUUAUCCUAGUAAAAACCCACCGAAGUAUGAAAUAUCAGCUCCUUGGAUGGACAGGAAGGCGAAAGAGGAUCUUCAUUAUUGUUUAAAUGAAAUUUACUUAGAAAAUGUUGGAGAAACGGUAAUAUUCCAGUGGGUUGAGAAAAUAAGGGAAGUUUUGCAAAUGAUAAACGCAAAAGAACCAGCCAAGAAGGAAGAGAAAAAUUUGUGUAUAGAAAAAACAUUAGAUUUGUCACAGUUAGAAAUAAAUUGUCCAAAAAUCACACAUGGAGAGGUUAUCAUAGACAGGAAGAGUUCAUUCCAGGGUCACGCUGCCGAAGUUCACAGCAUAAAUGAUGUUAAUGCCGUGUUAGCUAAAUUGAAACAAAAUAAAAAAAUCUUUAAUGCAACACACAAUAUGUACGCGUACAGGAUAGAAAGGAAAACGGAUAAAGGCACAACUAUGUUGCAAGACUGUGAUGACGAUGGAGAGAGCCAUGCAGGUGGAAGAAUGCUACAUUUAUUACAGAUAUUAGAACAAAAAAAUACUUUAGUGGUUGUCUCUAGGUGGUACGGUGGCAUACAAUUAGGACCCGACAGAUUUCGUCAUAUAAACAAUGCAACACGGCAAGUCAUACAACAAGCUGGGUUAUUAAAAAAAUGACAAAUGUGAUAAUUAUUAUUAUUAAUUGCUUAGGUAAUAUAAUAUAAUAUAUUUGAUAUUAUUUUUGUAAAUAGUAAUGUUUCUUUUUUUUUAAUUAAAUGAUGUGAUAAAUCUCGAAGAAUGGUCAAA